AUGUCCGGAGCCACCAGUGACCAGCUGCACAGAUCCACUCUGACCGUCUAUUUGAACAUGAUGGAGCACUUCAACCCUGGCCUCCAGAAGCUUGUGGCUUUAGGAAACAGCUACGUCACGGCUUUCCAAGGCCUGUGUGUGGCUAAAAUGGGUGACCAGGCCCUUCACACACUUUCAUCCCGCUCUUGGGUGUGUGACGUCCUGAUCCAGAUCUCAGAGACACAGAGGAGACUCACUGCAGAGAUGGAGGGAGUGUUUCGAUGGUUCCAGGUCGAGGUGUUACAGGCCAUGGAGAAGAACGUCAAGCUGGACGAAGAGUACAUCGAUGGCAGCCGCAGAGUGUAUGAGCUGGAGGUGAGGAACCAGGCCGAGGCUUUGGAGAAACAGCUGAGACGAGGAGCCUACAGAGACUCUCUGGAGAACAGUGAGUACAUGUUGUACCUGAGGCAGAGCCAGCAGGAGAUCCUGAAGGAGGAGGAGAGGAGGUACCGCUUCCUGGCAGAGAAACACUGUGGCCUCACUCAGUCACUGCUCUUCCUCAUAACCAAGACCGGAGCUUCUCUCCAGCAGAAGGCCGACGGAUGGAAGGAGAAAGUCAACGAGACCAGAGGGUCCAGACCUCGAACCCCCACCCAUCUGGACCAGGACGCCCAGCUGAGGGGUUCAGUGAGCUCCCUGCUGCAGACGGUGGCCAGAGACGAGGACAUGUCGUGGGCCCGGAGGGAGCAGCAGGCUCUGGGCAGAGUGCCCUCUAGAGGUGGGAGCCCCCUCCCCAGCCGCUCUCGCUCCAGCUCUGUGGGGGAGUCUCUGGGUCUGGGUGGGGGGAGAGCCAUGAGAGCGCUGGUGUCUCACCCGUCCUCCUCCAACCCAAAGCUCCUCCCUUUCAACAGGGGGGAGACCGUCAUCGUCCUGGUCCAGGAGCCACGCAACGGAUGGCUGUACGGACGCACGGACAGCAGCCUACGUCAGGGCUGGUUUCCUGCUGCCUACGUGGCCCCCGUCGAGGAUUUCUCCAACACUUUAGCAACAAGAAGCCACAGUAUGAACAAUCUGCUGGACCCGACUGACACCUACACCGACCAAUCAGAGAGCAAGAGCUUCGGGGACGUCCCGCCUCCGGCUACACCCGACCGCCGGGCCUCCGUCGACGCCCGGAUGAUCUCCCCUCUACCUGAGAGGAAGCUGGAGUCAUCCUCAGAGACCAAGACCACAUCUGACGUCCAGGCUUUAUCACCACACGGGCCUCCUGACAACCCGCUGUUUCCAAGAGGCACAAACCCGUUUGCCACCGUAAAGCUUCGCCCGACGACGACCAACGACAGAUCGUCUCCUCACCUCCUCUGA